UGGCGACAUCCAUUAUCCUCUCUUUCUCUUUUUGGGUUUCCACAGAGAGAAGGCACCUACCUACCUGGUGUCGAUUGUAUUGUCCCCUUCUUCAUUGGCCGAGACAACCCCGCAGUCGGUCUUUCCACUCAACUGUUUCUUCUGUAAGGAUACAGAAAGUGGAGAUGCAGCUGCAGCUGCUCUCCGCAAGCCCCCACUUUCUCAGACAUGCGUGAACGCACCUUCCCUGCUGCUCUAUAUAUAAGAUACCUUUUGGUAGGCACAGAAACCAACUCUGCACGGGUAGCUUUCCCCUACCUCACACCUUUUGCAAAAUGCACGACGUCACCCGGCCCCACUUCUCUCUGUCCACUACUCUGUACCUGUACAGUACACAAGUGCAGAAGUACUAUCAACGUGAAGCACUUUACAUCGUGCUACUUACUGCUCGCCUUCGGCCUCUCCCCUCCUCUCUUCCCCGAGAACGACCCACUGCCGAUUUCAUCCUGGACUGCCCCCGCCCGAGCUUCCCCCGCAAUCUUGGCAAUUCCGCGAUUCGAGCGAAACAUCGCCGACCCAAAAUUAUUCUUCUCCCCAUUUUCCCUUGCCGCCUACCGCUCUCUCCUAGAAAGUUACGGUGCGGAAACGUCCCUCAGCACAUGUCAGCUCCGGGGGACCACUUUUGAUUUGAAAUGUUGAAAUAUUUUUUUUGUUGACUUUGGGGUUCUCGAACAACUAGAACUACUUCUCAAAUCUUCUAGCCCACCGCAGUGGACGGGUGUCGUGACGCGUAAUGAACUGAUCGCACAAUACUGCACGGCUUUGUCUUCCGAAUCAAACAAGACAAAUUGGGCAGAGACAGUUGACAAGGGGCUGGCUGGGUCACGUCGUCACUUUUCUCUCGUUCGAGAUGCAGACAAGUAGACCGUACGAAAGAAUGCGGGUGUCUUCGGAAUCCCCGCCUCGUCGAACAGCGACUUACAUAGACCGCGUAGACCGGGACGGAAGAGGAUGACUCGGUUGCCGUCGAGCCGCUCGCAACGGGUCACUAACUGCCUCACCACAGGAAGUAGUAGGACCACACUACCGAUACUACGCCACUUGAGUUCUUCGUCGUGUCCGUUGAAUUGAUGCGAAUCUCGCUCAACGUCCCCCCAUCUCGCGGAAUCUACGACGUCGCUUACGCCUGCGCCAGAGUAUGAUCCCUGCCAUGGCUAUGGCCGCAGCUGCAGCUACAUUUCACACUCACGGUUACCAUCGUCACGAAGGCUUCGGGGCCCCAUGGGGUUUCCUACCUAAGCUCCCCAGGACGCUCAGAGCUAUCACGCCGCUUCCUGUGGUGAAGCCGGGGCCGCGAUUUGACCCGUCCGCGGAUGGCUGCGGUUGGCUGCCGCCAUCGCUGCCCGUGUUGUUCGGAGAUAAGUUUGGUAUCGCAGUCGCCGUGACCGUGACCGUCAGCGGGGCUGCGGUGACGAAGGCCGUCUUGGUGGGGCUUUGGAGCACGGAUGGUGGAGGCUGUGAUGCCGCGAUGGACGAGGUUGCGGAGCUUUGACGAGCGGAUGACUGAGUAGGAAUGCCGGGUGCCGAGGAGGACGAGGUUGUUGCUGGGAUCCGCGUCGAGGAGACAAGGGAGAAGGAAGUCGGGGUAGCCGGAGGUGUCUCGUUGGGCGAGGGCGUUGUCGGAGGCGUUGCCGAAGACGUUGCCGAAGACGUUGUCGAAGGCGUUGUCGAACUCGUUGGUUGCGCAAAGGGCGGGCCGGAAAGAGUCGAGACCACGAGUGGCCGGUGAGGUGUUAGGGGUCCCGGCGGAGUCUUUGGACCAUCCCGUUCGUGAUGCUGAUGGGCGUCGAGCCUCAACCUCGGAGGGGGCGGUCCCCGCCGCGCCAACGACAGACCGACCAUGUUGAAAUGGGAUCCGUCGUUCUCUGGGACAUUUACCAACGAGUCUCGGUACCCGCUCCUAGAAAAAGAAAGAAGGCCAAGACCCAAGACAAGACACUCAUGUCAAGCCAAGGCGUGGGGGGUUGCGGCUGGAGUGUAUGGAAAACCAAAAGAGACGUGGCCCAACAAAGAAGCUGCCUUUUGCCACGCUUCCGGGUGAGACAGUCGCUCCACGUCUGAACUCUUGGCUUCCUAUUAAGUCUCCGGUCAGCCAUACCCCCCCCUGCGAUCCGUAGGAACAACGGUGAUAGGCGGCCCUGGCCACCGGGUUGCCACAUCACAUGCCGCUCUGCCUUGUGAUAACCUGCGUACUGGAAUCGUGGGGUGCGAGUUCUGUGACAGUAGAUGAGGGCUCUUACUACGCAGCUGAGGCAGCGUCUAUUCUUGGCAUCUCAACUGUUCAAGUCUCUUUUGGGGGGGUGCCGGGGCCACCAGCGGGCAUGACAUGACACGAGGCCGGCGGGAACUCGACGUUUUGACUCGGGGCGAUACCUUGCGAUUGGUUUCAUGCCGGCGCGAAGCUGGCCACCCAUACCUCGAGACGGGUAUUUUACUGGAGCAAAAAAACCCUAGCUGAGCUGAGGCGGAAUCAGCCUUUUUGUCGGUUCAUUGCUUCGCGGGAGUGAGAUAAGCCACGGGGAAAGCAUGACACUUUGUUUUUGGCGAUUCACGGUUGGUUUGGUCCGGGUGUGUGGGUUUGCGCAUCGCACGACGCGCGUGUCGCUUUCCCGGGUACCAGGGACUCGCUUGUUUUGUAUGAAGACCACGCUGCGACGUGGUGUUUGUUUGAACUGUGGCUGCAUCCGAGGCUUGGCUGUAUUGACGAUGCUGAUCCAACUUUUGUUGCCCGCUUGCCCCGGGGUCGGGGAAGUCUCAUAAUGUGUGUGUAAGAGAGAGAGAGAGAGAGAGAGAGAGAGAGAGAGAGAGAGAGAGAAAAAGAUAUAC